ACCACCACCACCAAUAUCAGGAGCAGCAAUUACAGCGGGCGGCCCUGAGAAGCAGGAGGAAACCAGAGAGGGACAAGCUCGUGUCUCCGCCCCCCUCCUCAAGUCACCCUCCCCCGGUGCUCCCCACUCCCUGCACUCCCCUCUCCGCCCGGCCCUUGCUGAUCUGUGGCCUCUGGGGAUCCCCCACCCCCCAGAUCCCUCCACACCUCGCUCUCCGCCUCCGCAAACUUUCACGCUGUCUCUGCUGCCCAGCCUGGCUCUACACCAAUGGUGGAGGCGAUAGUGGAGUUUGACUACAAAGCUCAGCAUGAUGAUGAGCUGACAAUCAGUGUGGGUGAUAUCAUCACCAAUAUCAAAAAGGAAGAUGGAGGCUGGUGGGAAGGACAGGUUAAAGGCAGAAGAGGAGAUAAAGAAGGAGAUGAAGAAAGAAACCCUUUCUAGCAAGCCUCCCGAGAAGCCCAUGCAGGAAGUGUCCAAUGGAAGCUCUUUGCUGUCUUCUGACACAGUUAUAAGAACCAACAAAAAAGAACGCAAUCGAAGGCGACGAUGUCAGGUAGCCUUUAGUUACCUGCCCCAGAAUGACGAUGAAUUGGAAUUGAAAGUCGGAGACAUCAUAGAGGUGGUAGGAGAGGUGGAGGAGGGAUGGUGGGAAGGAGUUCUCAAUGGAAAGACUGGCAUGUUUCCUUCCAAUUUCAUCAAGGAAUUAUCUGGAGAAUCAGAGGAUCUGGGAAUUGCCCAAGAGGAGCAACUUAUAAAGCCAAGGGCUGAGUAUGUUACUACAUCAACUCUGCUACCCAUGGCGGUUCAUGGAGCAAAAGGAAAGACUGCCUUUGAAGGGACAAUUCUGUACAGAGUGGCACCCGGAAAGAUUGACAGCUACAGACGCUAUAACAGUCUGAGGGAAACUACAGGCUCAGAAAGUGAUGGUGGUGACUCAAGUAGUACCAAGUCAGAAGGUGCCAAUGGGAUGGUUGCAGCAGCAGCAAUUCAACCCAAGAAGGUUCGGGGUGUUGGUUUUGGAGAUAUUUUCAAAGACAAACCCAUCAAGCUAAGACCAAGGUCGAUAGAAGUAGAAAAUGACUUUAUACCCAUGGAAAAGACUGUAGGGAAGAAGUUACCUCCAACAGCAGCAACUCAGGAGUCAGCAAAAAUAGAAAUGGACAGUAGAACAAAGAGCAAGGAUUAUUGCAAAGUCAUAUUUCCCUAUGAAGCACAAAAUGAGGAUGAACUGACAAUCAAAGAAGGCGACAUAGUCACCCUUGUCAAUAAGGAUUGCAUUGAUGUUGGCUGGUGGGAAGGAGAACUGAAUGGGAGACGAGGAGUAUUUCCAGAUAACUUUGUGAAGCUUCUUCCACCUGAUUUUGAAAAGGAGGGGAAUAGACCUAAGAAACCACCUCCUCCAUCAGCACCUGUCAUCAAACAAGGGGCAGUAGGUACAACAGAAAGAAAGCAUGAAAUUAAAAAGAUACCUCCUGAAAGACCAGAAACUCUUCCAAACAGAACAGAAGAAAAAGAAAGACCAGAGAGAGAGCAAAAACUGGAUUUACAGAAGCCUUCUGUUCCUGCCAUCCCUCCAAAGAAACCUCGACCACCCAAGACAAAUUCUCUCAGCAGACCUGGUGCAUUGCCCCCAAGAAGACCAGAAAGACCAGUGGUGCCUGUGACACAUACCAGGAGUGACAGUCCAAAGAUUGACUUGGUGGUCAGUACAGUGUCCAGCACCUCAGAGAAGGACCUGUCAGACAGAAGCAAUGACAUUGACCUAGAAGGAUUUGACUCUGUAAUAUCAUCUACUGAGAAGCUCAGUCAUCCAACAACAAGCAGACCAAAAGCCACUGGUAGACGGCCUCCAUCCCAGUCUCUCACAUCUUCUUCCCUUUCAAGCCCUGAUUUCUUUGACUCUCCAAGCCCAGAAGAGGAUAAAGAGGAGCACCCUUCCCUCGCACACAGAGGCAUUGAUGUGACCAAGAAGACGGCAAAGACUGUUACCAUAUCACAGGUAUCUGACAAUAAAGCCUCCUUGCCUCCAAAGCCCGGGGGGAUGGCCGCUGUUGGAAGCAGUACACAAACACCUCUCUCUUCCUCCUCUUCAUCUUCCCUUCAUUCAUCGUCUUUGGGAACAACAAGUCACAGGUCAAACUCCCCUUCUCUGUUCAGCAUCGAAGGAAAGCCAAAGACUGAGCAGUUGAGCUAUGGUCAGUCAGCAAUGGAAGAACUUAGGACCCAAGUGAAAGAGUUGAGGACCAUCAUUGAAACAAUGAAAGACCAGCAAAAACGAGAAAUUAAGCAAUUAUUGUCUGAAUUGGAUGAAGAAAAGAAAAUACGUCUUCGAUUACAGAUGGAAGUUAAUGAUAUAAAGAAAGUUCUUCAAUCAAAGUGAAUCCUUGGUAGAUGAAAUGUUACAUUAUAUUCAUCAUGAAUCUGAGUCUCAGAUUUCUGCCCCAGCCAAAAUAACUUUGUGCCAAAUGAUUUAAGGUUUGCCUCAACAUUUCCCUGUUUGAAGGAUUAGCACAAAUGUCUUGAAUAGCACAACACAAAAUUCCAUCCAAGAGGAAGGACUUCCCCUGUGGUGUGGUUGUGACUUUAAAUUGAAUGGAUUGUGCUAACAGCUUCUCUACUUCAAGACCACAAGUGAAAUGAAAACUCAGGCAGUUUAGUCCAUAGUGGUACUAUUUUGAUGAUAUUUUCCAUAAAUAAAAUGUAUUUCAGAUUAUUGGUUUACAAGCUUUAUAAUUUUAUUAUUUUUUUAAUUGUCUUUUGUCACAAAUUCCUAUAAUGUUUGUACUACAUAUAGUUAGGAAUGAAUGUUUACUGUUCUUUUUGCUUUGUAUAGAAAACAGCCUAAUUUUCAUUUUUGUCUUAUAGUUUAGGAUUCUCUUACAUAUGCAAUUUUAUGCCCCAGACAAACUUAUCACUUUGGAGAGAAAUUUUCACUUAUGUAUAAUAGUGUAUUUAAAAAAAAAAAAGAUAAUCUGGUCUUUGUAAUGAUCUGUGCCUUCUUUUCACCACCCUCUUGGUUGGAGCUGUUUUGAUCCAACUACAAUGAUUAUAACCCAUCACUUAAGUCCCCAAGAGGCCCUUCUCUUAAUAGAUAGCUCUCUCAAAGUAGCCAAAGGUCCCUGGAGGUGGCUAUGUACAUGAGAGUGCUGUCUUUCCAGCUAUGUCUUUUUAAGCUGUCCUGGGUUUGGGUUGUUCAAGAAACCAGAAAAUUCAUCUCUGCUUGUUUUUUCAUUAGCCAAGUUAAACCCCCGCCUCCUUGCACCUUUUGAGUGAACAGAAUAUGCAUUGCUAAAGCAAAAUUAAAUAAAAGGAAAAAUGCAAAUUAAAAA